UGGCGAGCAGAAGGUGGACACUCGUGCGUUCAAAAUGAGCAUUAUUCUUUUGAGACCUGGACGCGCAGACUGGCGCAAUAACCAAGGUCAUCCCAGCAGGAUCAUAGCUUCCCCAUCGCUGCCCAUUAACAUGUGCGAUUUGCUCCCGUUUUGUAUCGCAUCACUUUCAGCCUUCAGAGCAGCAAACCGCAAGUGUGUGAGCUUGUAGAGUGUCUCUAAAAAUCUCUCAUCUGAGACCCUUCAGGAGAGGACUGAGAAGAGAGAGCAGCUUCACUGACAUCCAGAGCAAUGUAUGGGGUGUGCGGUUGUUGUGGAGCGCUGAGGCCUCGCUACAAGAGACUGGUGGAUAACAUCUUUCCGGAAGACCCGGAGGAUGGCUUGGUCAAGGCCAACAUGGAGAAACUGACUUUCUAUGCCCUGUCAGCUCCAGAGAAGCUGGAUCGGAUCGGUGCAUACCUGUCUGAAAGACUGUCCCGUGACGUAGCUAGACAUCGAUAUGGGUAUGUGUGUAUUGCAAUGGAAGCUCUUGACCAGCUUCUAAUGGCCUGUCACUGUCAGAGUAUCAACCUGUUUGUAGAGAGUUUUUUAAAGAUGGUGCGAAAACUCCUGGAAGCUGACAAACCCAACCUGCAAAUCCUAGGAACAAAUUCAUUUGUGAAGUUUGCCAACAUCGAGGAGGACACCCCUUCGUAUCACCGUAGUUAUGAUUUCUUUGUGUCACGAUUUAGUGAGAUGUGUCACUCCGGCUAUGAGGACCCUGACAUCCGCACUAAAAUCCGAAUGGCUGGAAUCAAAGGUCUGCAGGGAGUAGUGAGAAAGACUGUUAAUGAUGAGUUGCAGGCCAACAUCUGGGAUCCUCAGCACAUGGACAAGAUCGUCCCGUCACUGCUCUUCAAUCUGCAGUCUGGUGAAGGCACAGAGAGUCGCUCUCCCUCGCCGCUGCAGGCCAGUGAGAAGGAGAAGGAAAGCCCAGCUGAGCUGACGGAGCGCUGCUUUCGGGAGCUGCUGGGUCGAGCCGCUUACGGCAACAUCAAAAACGCUGUCACCCCUGUGUUGAUGCAUCUUGACAAUCACUCACUGUGGGAAGGCAAAACAUUUGCGGUGCGCUGUUUUAAGAUCAUCAUGUACUCCAUUCAGUCCCAGCAUUCUCAUCUGGUCAUUCAGCAGCUCUUGGGUCAUUUGGAUGCCAACAGUAAGAGCUCUGCCACAGUGCGUGCUGGGAUAGUGGAGGUGCUCCUGGAAGUUGCUGCCAUCGCUGCCAGUGGCUCCGUUGGCCCCACGGUGUUGGAGGUUUUUAACACGCUGCUCCGGCAUCUGAGGCUCAGUGUGGACUAUGAACUCACGGGAUCGUAUGACUGCACUAACAUCGGCACCAAAAUCAUCAAGGAGCACGAGGAGAGGCAGCUGCAAGAAGCCGUCAUCCGCACUAUUGGCUCAUUUGCAAACACGUUACCGACAUACCAGCGCUCUGAGGUGAUGCUCUUCAUUAUGGGGAAGGUCCCAAUUCCAGGCCUGCAUCCUACACUGCCCUCUAUAGGCUCAGGGCCUGAGGGCAACCGAAUGAUCCAAGUCAUGCUGUUGAAGUCUCUGAGACAGGUCACGUGUGGUUUCCAGACAACUAAUAUGCUUACAGCUCUUCCCAACUCCUUUCUGGAUCCCAUGCUGUCAUUUGCUCUGCUAGAAGAUGCUGAAAUUCGGCUGUUGGUGCUGGAAAUUCUGGUCAGCCUCAUCGAUCGCCAUGAUAACCUCCCCAAGUUCUCCAACAUCAGCAUCAUCUCUGAUAUCUCUGUGCUUAAACUCAAAGUGGACAAGUGCUCACGUCAGGACAACCUCUUCAUGAAGAAGCAUGCGCAGCACCUCUACCGACACAUAUAUCUGUGCAGUAAGGAGCAGAGCAGCGUUCAGCCUCACUUUGAGAAGCUUUAUUCACUCCUGGCCCUCAUCAGCAUGGAGCUGGCCAAUGAAGAGGUGGUGGUAGACCUGAUCCGUGUUGCGCUCGCUCUGCAGGAUUUGGCUCUGAGCAGUGAGGAGAUGUUACCGGUGUACAACCGCUGUGCUAUUCAUGCCCUGUCCUCUGCCUAUCUCAAUCUCAUCAGUCAGCUCACAACAGUGCCAGCUUUCUGCCAGCAUGUUCAUGAGGUGAUUGAAAUGAGACAAAAAGAAAUUCCUUAUCUCUUACCGGAGGAUGUCUUCAUUGAAAACCCAAAGAUUCCUAAAACACUGGAGAAGCUGGAAGGAGAUGUUUUGUUCCAACAAGCCAAGAUCACUGAAGUUCUUGGAGGAAGCGGCUACAACACUGAACGACUCGCUACACCUUAUGUCCCACAAUUCACAGAUGAAGACCGGCUGUCAAAGAGAAAGAGUAUUGGAGAAACAAUCUCUCUUCAGGUGGAGGUGGAUUCCAGAAACAGUCCAGAGAAAGAGGAGAGAACACCUGCUGAAGAAAUCACAUUUGAAACACUUAAAAAUGCCAUUGUGGACAGUGUAGGAGUGGAGGAGCAGGAGAAGGAACGCAGGAGACAAGUGGUGGAGAAGUUCCAAAAGGCCCCGUUUGAGGAAAUAGCUGCCCACUGUGGUGCCAGAGCUACAAUGCUGCAGAGCAAACUUAAUCAAAUCUUUGAAAUCACCAUCAGGCCUCCUCCCAGUCCAUCUGGAACCAUCACAUCAAGUUACGGCCAAACCCAGAGUCGCUCUGUCCCCGUUUAUGAGAUGAAGUUUCCGGAUUUGUGUGUUUACUAGCGCAGCUCAUCUCAGGAUUCAGGAACCUUCAGUAGCAGCCAGAGGUGCAGAGAGCUGGAGACUGUCACAUGUUAAAUGAUAUUUUAAUGUUUUUAAUACAGGGAAACUAAGAGGUCACCCCUUCUCCAUCCUAUGAACCUCAUUGCUGUAUGUGUUUCUCGCUGUGACCGUAGACAAACAAACAUUUGAACUAAAUUCCUGAUACUCCUCUA